AAUUUUGAAAAGAAGAAAUGUCUUCAGCUUUAUUCCGUAGAUUUAAAAACUAUAGUAACUUGUGUAUGCGAUGGAUAGCUUUAAAACAACGUAAUCUGCGAUUCUGCUUCACUACAAACCUAGGUGAAGUAAAGCCUAUUGGGUUUAUGAGUUCCCUAUUCUGCCACAAGAGAGGGACUCCACGCCAGCCCACGAUCUGUCCUCACGCACGAGGCACAUUAACAUUGGACCACCAUUUGGUCAACAAUCCUCAGUAUAUGUUAGAAGGUCUGGAAGAAUUCUCUCAUGUCUGGUUAAUAUUUGUCUUUCAUAAGAACGAAAAAGAAUUCGUGCGUUCUAAGGUUAGUCCCCCAAGGUUACACGGCAGGAAGGUUGGAUUGUUUUCAACCAGAUCACCACAUCGACCUAAUCCAAUAGGACUAUCGCUAGCAAAACUCGACUGUGUUCACGACAGAACCCUAUAUCUGAAUGGAGUCGAUCUAUUAGAUGGUACCCCGAUACUGGACAUUAAGCCUUAUAUUCCUGAGUACGAUACCCCACAGCCUUUGUUUGAUAAUUUAGAAAAGAUACAAUCAGAAAGAAGACAGUCAUGCUUAGAUAAUCAAAUUUAUCCAGAAAACAUUCACAAAAAUGAGAAAAAUCAAAUUUAUCCAGAGAAUUCGAACAUUCACAAAAAUGAGAAAAAAUUAAAUCCUGGAAGAAAAACUCCGUGCUCGACUUUAAACACAAAAUACAAGAACAAAAACGUUUCCCGGGAGAGUUGUAUUGAAGGCUGCCUCUGCGAGGAGGAAUGUGAAAAUACCUCAUCAAAAGGUGUUUCUGUCAGAACUCCUGAUUGGAUACUUCAGCCAUCUUCUCCGAAACUAAAAAUUUCUUUUACCGAUAGAGCAGUAAAUCAGCUGAAUAUGUUUUCGCAGGGAUCACAUGACCCAGAUUUUACUCUAAAAUUCCUCCGAACUUCCACAGAAGCUAUGGAAACAAUUAUCUCUAUACUUAGUGAGGAUCCGCGUCCAGUUCACGUCCGAAACCAAGAAGAGGAGGCUUUUUAUUAUUUCACUGUUGACACAAUGCACGUCACCUGUUGGUUUUAUGAUGGCAUCGCGGAGGUCAUUCGAAUAUUACCUAUUUCACGUGGAAAACAUUUGAUAUAGGUACAUUAAACAUAAAUGUUUAUUUU